GCUGAGGAGGCGGCAGCACACGCUGCGUUAGAGGCAGCGCGGCGUGCUCGUGUCAGUGGGCGCGUUCCGGUGCUGGACUGGGCACUGCCGCCAGCUCUCAUCACAGGCAGCGCCACCGCCACCAUGGAGAAACUCACACCACAACAGCGCAGCAAGUUUAACGAGUUUAAGGCCCGCGUGCUCGACGUCUGCGACAGCACUCCCUACAACCGCGACAUAGACCUGUUGUCGUGGCUGGUCGCUCGGAGCUUCGACCUAGAUUGUGCAGUGGACAUGAUGAGAAAGUCGAUGGCGUGGCGCGAGCGGCACGGCGUGAAUCGUAUCCUAGACGAGUGGGAGCCGCCGGCGGCGCUCCUCGAGUUCUUCCCGCGCGGUUACGAUGGGAAGUCCAAGGCCGGCCUGCCACUGUUUAUCGGCUGCUUGGGACAGUUCGACAUCCGGGGCCUGAUCCGUUCGUGUAGGAAGACGGACUUCAUUAAGUUUGCGCUCUACUGCUUCGAGACGGGCGGCCGGCACGUGCUGAACAUCUCCCGGGAGACGGGCGUGCCCGUCAACCAGUUCCUGCUGCUGUUCGACCUGGAGGGUCUGAGCGUGGCUCAGGUGGCGUACAAAGAAGGUUUUGAAUUAUUCCUCGAAAUGACGAGGAUCAUGGAAGCAAACUAUCCCGAAGGCUUGGGAGUUUGCAUGGUGAUAAAUGCACCGCCAGUGUUCACACUGGCCUGGUCGAUGAUCCGGCCGCUGCUGCGUGGCACCACGCAGAGCAAGAUACAGAUAUUCGGACAUACUGGCUGGCAGCAGCGGCUGCUGGAGCUGGUGGAGCCAGACCAGCUGCCAAAGCACUGGGGCGGCUCACUGAUCGGACCCGAUGGGAACCCGUACAACCGGCCGACGGUGUGCAUAGGCGGCGAGGUGCCGUCGAGCUUCUUCCAGGACCCUCACGAAAUGGAAAAACUGGCAGCCCAUGGCCGCAAACUGCAUGUGCGCAGAGCCGGCAAGAAAGAGUACAGAAUCGAUGUCGCCAAGCCCAAGACGCAGAUCAGCUGGCGAUUCUGCACGAAAGGCUACGACAUCCUGUUCGGGGUGUACCGUGAAUCUAACGCAGGGAAUGACGAGCUGGUGAUCAAGGAGCGAGUCUACAGCCAUCUGGUGGUGGAGUCUGGCAAACUCGUCUGCUCGGAUCCUGGAGUCUAUAUACUUGAGUUCGACAACUCCUACAGUUACUUCCACGGCAAAGAAGUGUAUCUAGAUGUAGUUGUGGUCUGAGCGUUCGCAAACCCCCUGCACAGCAUCGGCUCAACGCAGAUCACCUGGCCGUCUGCUCAGCAGCCAGACCUGGCGCCUGUACUCACACUCGGGCUCAGCGCAGAACACCUGACCGCCUGCUCAGCGACCAGACCUGGCGCCUGUACCCACACUCGGGCUCUGCACAUAUCACCUGACCGCCUGCUCAGCGACCAGACCUGGCGCCUGUGCUCACACUCGGGCUCUGCACAGAUCACCUGACCGCCUGCUCAGCGACCAGACCUGGCGCCUGCACCCAUACUCGGGCUCAGCGCAGAUCACCUGGCCGGCUGCUCAGCGACCAGACCUGGCGCCUGUGCUCACACUCGGGCCCGCCAGCAUACAUGUGUACGCUCAGCCAGGCGGGGCAACCAAACGCCCUUUAGCCCGCCAGGGGCGUGCGUCACUUAGCGUCACAAAGGGCCGCACGUGCAAUCCCUGACAAGGCGGCCCAGUGGAACCCUCUGUCUUCAUCGAGGUCGAAGAAUGCGUGGAUGUGGGAGAAGUAGCAUAGAUGCAGAUAGAUCCUUCCACACGUGCAGUCCGCGGCAGCGACGGAUGGAGUGCGUUCAGCUCCGCGCCCGGACGUGGCAGGUGAUGCUUCGUCCCAGAUGGCGCUGACUGCUGAGUUGUGGGCAGGUGGCGCAGCGGGCGGCCAGGUGGCGCGGUGAGCGGCCGGGUGGUGCGGUGAGCGGCCGGGUGGCCCGGUGAGCAGUCAGGUGGCGCGGUGAGCGUUCGGAUGGCGUGACUCGCGCCGUCGCCAGCGCGCGCCAGCCUCCCGACCAGACUCGCGGCCAGUGUUGAAAGGACUAAUGGCGCGGCUGCCAGCUGAUAAGCGGCAGCGGCUCUGGCCAGUUAUAUGCGUGCACGUACGUUUGUACUGUUCAAGAUGAAGCGCGUCAAAUGCGACUUAAUCAGACAUUGUAAGUCCGACAUCCGAGAAGAGCUUUUCAAACCGGGCUUUAGCCAUAAAGGUGUGUUGUGUAAUUGUCGCACGACGUAUAUCGCUCACGAAGAAAAAUAUUUUACUACGUAUGUACUUUUGUCCAAAUUGGAAAUCGGUAUGAUGACAAUAUAGUAUAAACAAUGUAACGCA